AUGAGGGAGGGCGCAGUUGGGGUAGGCAUGGUACCAUAUGGCAUGAUUAAGUGUGGUUGGGUGGUAAAAGUGUGCUGGGGGCCAGGAGGGAGCCUGAGAGCUGGGAGAGCGCAGUUGGGUGCAGUUUUAUGGUGGGAGGUGUACCUGGGUACUGGAAGGAUGCUGGAUGUACUCCCGGGCGAAAGGAAGGUGCUGGAGGGCUGCAAAAAUAUCAUAGAGGGUGCGGUUGGGCAAAAGGUGCUCGAAGAUGUUGGGUAUGGUGGCGAUGAAGAUCAGCACCCACAACAACUAGGCAAGUCACGGAAACGAUGGCAUGGAGGAGGGCCGCUACCAUGGAACUUGCCUGGGCAUUCAGUGUCGAGUGUUUAUGCUACGGGGGUUAGUGGCGGCAGCCUGGGACCCGGAGUUUCAACGAACUCUCCUCCUCUCACCGUCAUCGGUGCAUUUAACAUUACUGCCAUUGUCGACUGGCUCACCCGUCGUGCGCCUACCUGGAAUUCCAGUGACUCCAACCUGCUCGUCGAGCUCAAGCGCAAAUUAUCCCCAACUGUUGCUGUCGAGUGUUGUCAUACUGCUUGUUCCUACAUCGACGCACGGCACUCCAGCGCCAAUGAAUUGCCUGGUGUUAUGUUCAUACAGCUCAACAUUAACGCUCUCAAGAUGACAUGUCGGGCGGUAGUAUUCUCUCGUGUGCUACAUGUGUCUUAUUGUGAUGCUUACUGUUGCAGAGUUACACUACCGAAGGCUCGAGGCUUUGGAUCUUGUUGCUGACUGCGUGUGGACCGUGAAGUUCUCCAGCGGCACGCUACAUUAUCUAGGCACUGGGUAUCAUCAGCAGGGGUAGGACAGUCUCAAAUAUAAGUUUGCAAGUCAGCUAAACGACUUGUCCUCUACA